GUUGCCUCGGGCACGUGCCCGGCACGUGCCGACCCGCGGUCCGCGACGUCCCGGUGGGGGAAAAAAAUCGGGGGAAAGGAAGGAAUCGAAUUGAUCGUUGACGAUAAAUACUCCCCCAAAAGAACAAAAUCGCCGAUCAGCUUCGCAUCAAAUCGCAGUCGCAUUCGAGAGUUUCCCCCGAAUCCAAAUCCAAUCCGCUAGGGUUUCGUUCGAUUCUUCGUCCCCCGAUUGGUUCUUGCGGAAAUGGAGGGAGCGAGCAACGGGGGGAUGCUGUACCACGAGGUGCAGGAGUCGAAGCUGUGCGCGGUGCACUGCGUCAACACCGUCCUCCAGGGCCCCUUCUUCUCCGAGUUCGACCUGGCCGCCCUCGCCUCCGAUCUCGACCGCAAGGAGCGCCAGGUCAUGAUGCCCCAGGGCGGCGGCGACUUCCUCUCCCAGGAGUCCCACAACGUCUCCCUGGACGGCGAUUUCAGUAUCCAGGUUUUGGAAAAGGCUUUAGAGGUGUGGGACCUGCAGGUCAUCCCCCUGAACUCACCAGUCGCCGAGCCGGCGCAGAUAGAUCCGGAGCUGGAAAAUGCCUUCAUAUGCCAUUUGCAGGACCACUGGUUCUGCAUUAGGAAAGUGAAUGGAGAGUGGUACAACUUCGACAGCCUAUAUGCAGCGCCACAGCAUCUCUCCAAGUUCUAUCUCUCUGCCUAUUUGGACUCUCUCAAAGGCUUUGGGUGGAGCAUUUUCCUAGUGAGGGGGAAUUUCCCGAGGGAGUGCCCAAUUUCGUCAUCCGAAGCUCCCAGUGGCUACGGCCAGUGGCUAUCCCCUGAAGAUGCUGAGAGGAUAAUAAAGUCUUGCAAUACAACACAACCUCCUCCUCCUCCUCCUCAAAGAAGCGAUCAAACUGAUCAAACUCUUUCUGCUAUGGAAUUAGAGGACUUCAAUGCUGCAGUAGCUGCCAGCUUGAUGGAUUUCGCCGCCGUGACCCCUCAAGCAAGUGAAGCUGCAACCAGCCAAGCUGAGAAGGAAACAAGAUAGAAGGAAAGAUUGUUUUGACUUUCUUAAUUUUUUGGGAAGAAACUGCGAUAUUCGAGGAUGUAGAAUUGAAAUAUUGCAUGCGCGAGGCACAAAGUUCAUCAUAACUGUGGAAAUAAUCUACCGCAGCUGCUGAUAGUAAAUGUCUUCUUUCUUACGUAUAAUUCUGAGGGGAGGCGUGAGGGUGAAUCUUGGGAUCAUCUUUAGCAGAUUACUUUACAUGGAUAGACCCAAAAGCUACCUAGCAUCCGACUCCA